GAUUUUUAGACGCUUUGCUGCUGUUUGUCAUCGACACGCUUCAUUAAGAGAAACUGUCUUCAGGAACACUGAAAGUGAAGCUCCUCUGGACUGACCUCAAUCAAGUCGAAGGUGAGAGACGGUCGAGAAGAUGCUCAAAGAAAUCAAGAAGCAUGUAAAGAGCUGUGCCUGAAUGUGUUCUGUCUGAAAUGUUCAUUUACAUCAACUCUGUGCUUUCUUGACGCCUGAACCCAUGAUUAUUCUUCUCUUAAUUCAUCUGACCUCAGCGCUCCAGUCACCAGUGUUUCUGGACAGGCGUGAUGCCGUUCAUCUUCUCAGGAACCGAAGGGCUAAUGUGUUUCUGGAGGAGAUGAAGCCUGGGAAUCUGGAGCGGGAGUGUUACGAGGAGCGCUGCUCUCUGGAGGAGGCUGCUGAGAUCUUCCAGAGCAGAGAGAAAACGAUGGAGUUCUGGUACAAAUAUCAGAAUCUGAACCUGUGUGCUUUUAACCCGUGUGUGAACGGAGGAGUGUGCGGCGAGAGCCGCGGCCUUCUCGAGUGUCUCUGUCCUCCUCGGUUCGGCGGGACGCGCUGUCAGACAGAGGUGUUCGACUGCACGUACAAGAACGGAGGCUGUCUGCAUUACUGCAGCCGGGCCGAGCAGACGGAGGGAGUCGUGUGCGGCUGCGCAGACGGCUAUCAGCUGGACGAGGACGGACGCAGCUGCAAUCCAGCAGUGCAGUAUCCGUGUGGGAAGCAGUGGAUUGGAGGGAUCAUGUCUCGCUCUCUGGACGACGUACGCCUCACUGACGCCGAUUAUGCAAACCACACCCACAACAGCGCAAACUCCUCCCACUCACUACAUAAAAACAGUUCCCUGGAGAACUCGACUCGCGCAUCGAACCAAAGCGCACCCGCGUCUCCGGACGAGCCGCCUCAGACAGGAAGUGACAUCAGCGGGGUGAACGAGGACGCGCGCAUCGUUGGCGGUCAGCUGCAGGCUCAGGGCGGGAGUCCGUGGCAGGUCCUGCUUCGUCGUGAGGAUGAGUACGGUUUCUGCGGUGGUUCUCUGAUCAGUCAGCGCUGGGUCGUGACGGCGGCCCACUGUCUUCAGCAAAGACCGCAUCACGUGACCAUCGGCGACUAUGAUAAGAUGCGUCCCGACAGAGACGAGCAGAAGAUCUCGGUGCAGAAGAUCGUGGUCCACCCUCACUUCCAUGACUUCACCUUCGACAGCGACAUUGCCCUGCUCUAUCUGUCCCGGCCCGUGGCCCUGGGGCCCUUUUCCGCCCCCGCGUGUCUGCCGGACGCGGCUCUGUCCGAGCGCCUGCUGAGGCCCGGGGAGCAGGGCCUGGUGUCCGGCUGGGGCUCCACGGGCUUCCUGCGGCGCUCCUCUCGCUUCCUGAGGAAGGUGCUGCUGCCGGUGGCCAAUCAGAUGAGCUGCAUCAACUCCACCGAGCACGUCAUCACCGACAACAUGUUCUGCGCCGGAUACCUGCUGGAGGAGAUGGACGCCUGCACGGGCGACAGCGGGGGGCCCUUCGUGGUCAACUACAGGGGCACCUGGUUCCUGGCCGGCGUGGUGAGCUGGGGAGAGAGAUGUGCGGCCGAGGGAAAGUACGGCGUCUACACGCGACUGGGGAACUACUUACCCUGGAUACGGCAGGAGAUGAUGACGGAGGAAUCGAGACGCAGCCCGGACCGCUCCGCUACUGAAACUCCAUAGAGCUGCUGGGAUUCAAAUACAGCGUUUCUAUCAAGCCUGUAUUAUAAGGUUAUUCUUAAGGCGGAAUGAAUCCGUAAAUAUAAUCCAUUGUAACUUAAAUUAAUGAAUCGUGUUCAUUGUCUUAUAAAUAUUUGAUCAUGCCCUUAAAAGCUAUAACCACCAAUAAGUGUGAAUAUUCAUGAUACGACAUAUUAUAAAGUUAUUUAUAAUGCAUUAUGCCCUUAUUAUAAAUACAGGCUUCAUAGAAAGUGUAAGUAGUAUUUUCAAAAAUAUUUAUAUAUGUGUUGUCAAACUAUUAAUCGUGAUUAUACAUA